GAGGCAGCAAUGGUGGAUGGAGGAGGAAAAGAUUGGUUUUUGGUUAGUUGUUCAAAAAGUUAUGUGCCUGAAGUGGAUGAUGUUGGAUCCAUUUUGAAGCUGGAUUGUGUAGCUGUUGACCUUUUGACAAAUACUGCUUUGUCCGAACUAAAUGAAACAAUGACUAACCCUGUAAUCGAAUUUCCUGUGGCUCAGCCUCGCUCUAUGGUUCCAAUUCCACUUCUGGAUGAAUCUUCAAGUUUGUGUUCCACAUCCUUAAACGAUUUUACUUUUAGCAUUCUUUCCUAUAACAUACUGUCUGACAUUUACACUUACCAAAAGUAUCACAACUGCCCCACAUGGGCUCUUGUAUGGGAAUACCGCCGUCACAAUUUGCUCCGUGAAAUCAUUAAAUAUAAUGCAGAUAUCAUUUGUCUUCAAGAGGUACAGAGUGAUCAUUUUGAAAAUUUCUUUAAAUCUAAGUUGACAGAAGAAGGAUACAUGGCUAUAUACAAGAAAAAAAACAACGAGGUUUACACUGGGAAUCAACUUGUGACUGAUGGGUGCGCAACUUUUUACCGGAGGCAUCUCUUUAAAGAAGUUGAGAAACAUGAGGUUGAAUUUAUUAAGAAAACAUCACCUGUAGUUGAAGCACUGGAACCUGAUCUAAGGAGUGAAGCUAGUAAACACCUCAUGAAGGACAAUGUAGCACUUGUUGUGAUUUUGGGAACCUUGGAAAAUAGCUGCACUAAAUAUGCAGCCCAAUCUAGAAUUUGUGUGGUAAAUGCACAUAUAUGUUCAGAUCCAAAACUCCCUGAUGUGAAGUUAUUUCAGGUUGUAACCCUAGUCAAUGAGCUAGAGAAAAUGCUGCAAUCAGAAAUACCUCUAUUAAUAUGUGGAGAUUUCAACUCUGUUCCCCAAAGUGAUCCCUACACUUUCAUGGUUAAUGGCAAAGUAGAAAGCAGUGAAAGUGUCGAUCCGUAUGGUGUAUAUCAGCAUCUUAAGCUUGUUCAUCGAUUUUUACUCGCAAGUGCAUAUGCAAGUUUUGGUUUGGCGGCUGCAAUGGACGAAAGACAGUUAGGGAAGUUUAACCAAAAAACCAGGGAGCCUGUAUUAACCUUCCGCUCAAAACGAUUCUCAAAAACCUUAGAUUAUAUUUUUUAUACAGUUUGGAGGUUGAAGCUGUGCUGGAUCUUCUGGAUCACGAAGAUGUCGCUAACGGCCUUCCCUCACCCCUUUGGUCAUCAGAUCAUAUCGCUCUCAUGUCGAGUUUCAGAAUCCUACCCAAAAACAGUCCUGCAACUAGAAGCGAGCAAGAAGGCUCUGCAGAGCUAUUGCCUUGAAGCGGUUGAAAGAGCUUCGAACUACAGAAAUACCAUAGUAGGUGAUUUGCUGGGGUGGAAUUAAGAAUUAAACUCACUUCAUCGAAAGGAUCUGUUACACUAUAACUAAUGCCACGGACAUGUUGGUCGAGCUAAAGCUGAGAACUGGCCGAGUCUAGCACAAGAGGCUGCACUUUCUCUUCAAGA